AUGAUAGAGGACCCGCGGGCUGACGACCUGGAUUUUCCUGCAGUUGCCGCGGGCCCGGGCUGGAGCGUGCCCCUGAGCGAGGAGGAGCUGGCGGAUUUCAUGGCCGUGCUCGCGCGGCUGCGCGGCGCGGUGGCGAGCCUGCACGCGCAGGGGCAGUGGCUGCCGGCCGUGGGGGACCGGCCCGUCAGCCGAGCUAAGUGGCAGUCGCACCACAUCCGCAUGCAAGCCACCUGGGCCACAGGCCCGCCGCCGGCCUUCAGCAUUGACCUCAGCAUAUGCAUAGGCAGGCGCAGCGUCACCGCGGUGUGGCCGCACGGCGUGGUGCAGGAGGUGUGCGCCGCCGUCGACGCCACGAGCGGCGACGGCGCCGGCGCGCUCGCGGCCGCGCCCGCCAGGGCCGUCGCGGCGGCUUGA